AGUGCUGCUGAACUCGAAGAAAAUCAAUAAUCAUAAGUAUUAUGCCAUACUAAACGACGACGACUAGACGAAGUCUACAAGAUGAGGAAACGAUGUUCGUUCAAUAUUCUGUAUGUUUUGCUGGCGUCGUUGGGAGUUUGCAGGGCUGAGAAUGUUUUGAUGACCGAGGUGUUUGAGAUCAAGGUGAAUCCGUUGAUGUUCAAUUGGACGUUCGAUGGUAUAAGCGAUCAGUUCGUGUAUCAGGCAUCUCUGCUGAACGCUCCGGAUCUACCCAAAUGGAUCAACUACAUAUACAGCGGAAGACACGGUGCCGGUUUCCUUUAUGGGGUGCCACCGAAUCGGAUGGAGCUGGUCACGUUGGAGAUCGUGGGAUUGAAUAGGAUGAACUACGAGACGAGACGCGUCGUUCUACCAAUUUCCAUCACCGAGAAGCUGAGUCCGGCCAGGUACGAGGUGCAGCUGAAGAUCGACAAUUUGAACGUCGAGGAUAUGUUCGACGUGGAGCGAAUGGAUCGGCUGAAGGACGUGUUCAGGAAGAGACUGUGGAAGGACAGCGAGGAAGAUCUGUACGUCACGUUCCUAGCGUCGGCGAUAGAAUUGGGCGCUCGCCUCCCCCUCAAUCCGGACGAGGGUGACGGAGUCGUGCUGCGAAUAGGGAGCAGGGUGCCGCUUUCGCAAGAGUUGAUCGAGCUGCAGGAGGAGGUGAAACCGUUAUGGAAGGUGCCGCUCUGCCCGAGGGAUUUUAAGAGGACCACGGUGGAGCGCUUCUUCAGGGAGGCCGGUUUUGCGUUGGAUUGGUGCGCCUUCAGAUUGCUGGAGGACAACAGUUCGGCCAUGCAGCAUUCGAGUUCGAGCAUAGAGAACGUGCUGAUGAUCAGGAAGGAUCACGACCUGGGACUGCCCGAUCACUGGGAGAGCGUCCUCAUCGACGACGUCCCGGAGCGCAGCUACGUCCACGAAUUCCUCUUCACCAUUCUCAUCCCCAUGUUUUUGAUGACGAUCCUCGCAUUGGCACUCUCUCUGAUACUCUGCUUCCACCACGAGGGCAUGGCUGAUCCUCUUAGCGAAGAUUACUUUAAUAACGUUUUUCAUAUAUGUACUGAUCAUUAUUUCAGUUCGAAACAACGAAGAGGCAACGAAGAGGACGAAUCGAAUCAUCAGUUUGCAAGCAUCCAGAGGGCGACCCAAUCGUUGAGGAACUUUUCGACGUCGCGCGACUUUAGCUGUCUCAGCCCCGAAUCGGUGCACCAACACUUGAAGGCCACCAACACCACCACGAGCAGCAGCAGGGGCGUCGCGACUGCUUCUUCAGAUGGCGGCAGUCCUCCUUUCAAUACUUCUACCAUGACGACGACGGCGAGUGGCAAGGGCAUCCAUUGCAGGCCAAGUCCACCGCCCUACGUCCGGCCCAAAUUCAAGCCGGACUUUUGACAGUCGCCGCGCACCUUCUACUGCUGAGAAAGAAAGUAGCAGCAGCAGCAGCAGCAUCAUCAUUAGUCGCAAAUCUAGUCAAUAACAAUAACAAUAUCAAGAUUUAGUCAUACAAUAUAUGCAGUGCAAUAAAUAUAUUCACCUUCACCUGAA